UCAGUUCUCUUCUCCCUUUCGUGCGGUUGGUAUCAUUCGCUCGUUCGUGUUUGAGGUUAGGUUAUAUUAUUUAUCUCCGGUUAGACAUUUUCAGUGAAUAUUUUGAAGUUUGUUCACUUAAAAUUGUCAGGAUUUAACGUAAUUCUUGUAUUUCUAUAAAGUUGGACGUGCUUAUUAACAGUUGUAAACGAUUUCCAGCUUUGUCAACCAUUUCUGACCGUCUGCCGUUGAUUGUUUUCAAACGGAGGGACAGUGUUAUUGUAGUUUUGAUUGCUGCCUUUGUUUCUCUUCUGUUGAAAAUCCAUCAAGCAAGAAUAAAGGUUGGGGUUAUUAUCUCAUUUGACUGUUUGGAAAUCAUAACUGGAUUACACUCUGGUUUCUCAUUGGAGUUCGCAGUUUUUAAGAACCUUCAGGUUGGGUGAGAUGCUAUGACGGAGGUUCCUCUCAGCAGCCACGGUGGCGGUCAAGCCUGGAAUGUUGACUCGUCGCAACUGGGUGUUGCGCACCAGCAUCGUCCUCAACAUCGUAGUGCUGCUGUACGUCGGCACUCACGUGGCCUCCAGCAGGAAUGGAGGGCUGGACAUGUUGGAGGAGCUCCAGGCUGGCGGACGACAGUUAGCGUCCCUGGAUGUAGUCCCGGACUCUGGACCUCCGGGCUCAGAUAACCCUGACGUCGGCUCCCCUCCACACACCCAUACUGCUGCUCUAGUACAGGGUACUACGUCUCCUCCCGGACGUCAGAGCACCACUGUGGCCACCUCAACAGAACAUAAAGAGGUGAGCAGCACAGAAGGUAUGGAGUCCCAGCGGUCGCUGGCAGACAUCAUAGGUUGUGUGGACCGUACACCGGAGCCUCGUACAGAGAUGAGAGGGGACUACUGGGUUUUGUACAACUACGUACCAGCCUCGCGACAGUUCCAUUGCUGGGAGAGCAUCACCUACACCACACACGCUGACUUCACCUUCCUGGACAACCUGGAGACGCUGCUGGAGCGAUGGCAAGGACCGAUCUCGCUGGCGCUGCACGCCCCCGGUACAGACCUCACCCCUACUCUGGACACCAUCCGCUACCUCCACGAGUGCACGUCGGCACCAGUCUCUGAAUACGUAACUUUCCAUGUUUACUUCCCGAGCAAACAUGUGCCCAAACAAGUUCCUCACUUAGAUAAAAUAUUUAGCGAACACUUUAACUGCUCCAAGCCACCGCCUUGGACGGCAAUUCCGGCCAAUACGAUAUACAAAGCUCAAAAGAAACUUUUAUACCCGGUGAACGUGGGCAGGAACAUUGCGCGUGAGAGUGCGGUUACUCACUAUAUCCUGCCGAGCGACAUCGAGCUCUACCCUAGUCCCGGUGUGAUCCCAGACUUCCUGGAGAUGAUCAGGAGGCAGGAUCCCCCUCUGCUGCGGCAACGACCCAAAGUCUUUCCACUCUCCAUCUUCGAAUUGGAGUCCAACAUGAGCCUUCCAGUAAAUAAAAGUGACUUGGUCUCCAUGUUGAAAAAUGGAUCGGCCAUUCCAUUUCACAAGAAGGUCUGCCCAGGGUGCCAUAACGUGCCCAAGUCUAAGGAAUGGAUGAACACUCCUGCCAGUGACGGCCUCAGGGUCUUCCACAUCGGGAAGCGGACAGGCUACUUUGUACAUUGGGAGCCGAUCUUCAUCGGAACUCACCAAGACCCACUGUACGAUGAGAGGCUCAGUUGGGAGGGCAAGAGUGACAAGAUGACUCAAGGCUACGUCUUAUGUGUGUUAGACUAUGAGUUUCAAAUCCUAGACAAUGCGUUCCUCGUACACAAACCCGGGAUCAAGACACUGAAGAAGGAUCCUGCAAGAGCGCUUUUAGCAGGAAAGACCAACUCCCUCAUCCGCAAAAUCAUCUUCCCCGAACUUCGAGUUCUAUUUGGAGUAAGAAAAGGUUGCGCCGUCUGACAGUCGUAUUUUUCUCCUAUGUUUCCGCAUUUCCUGUUCAGAUGACGAGAACAGGGGUGUGGAGUCGGCUACAUGUGCGAGGAUUGGCUACCCGCACCAGCUGACACCAACUCACCGUGGGACAAAUACAGGAUCGGACCAUUGUGAGCGGACAAACAAAGUGUCUUAAUAGCUUAAAGCCAUUUUUGUGAUUUAUAUUUUAGUAUACUCUAUAGCCUGAUGUGAAUGUUGUGGAUGGAGUCGUAAGAUACGGUUGUUUACUGAGCAUAUCUGGUUUGGUCAAAGACCAAAAUUACUAUUAGGUGGAAAACUUGUCAAUGUUUAGGCUACUUUUGCUGCAGACCAUGACGUGAUAAAAGACCACUUUUACUUUUAAUAGUUGUGAUGAUGUUUUUUUAAUGUGGUUGGUUGAUGAUGUAAAAAAAACCUACUUAGAGUUCCAUUGUUAGAAAAAGUAUUCUUUUUACCAGCAGUUUUGCAGUAGAGUUUUUUAUACGGAAGUCUAUUUGAAAAUGUAGUACAGGUAAAGAAAAUGAUGUGUGUUCAGAAUCAAAAUAUUCCGAUCCAUUUUACUGGCACAAUUAGUUUCUGUGUACCAAUCUAAGUUCGUGAAAUUUUUCAUUUAAAAACCAAUAUUUACUAUAAUGUAAAAUUUAAAUUUUAUAGCAACCUAUAAAUGGAUUAUGCUAUUAUCUGUGAAGGGAGGGAUUCAUUGUUUAACAUGUUAUUUAAAAACAAAUCUAUAACCAGUAUAUAUUUUUGUAGACAUAGGCUACAUUUCAUAGUUGGUGGAUCUUUGUCACACUUUUGUGUUUUUCGGCCGAUUUGUUUUGCUUACUUUCAAGUUUUUUCAUAGGUUUUAAAAUAUACUAGUGGUCAAGAAAAAUUAGUGUUUUAAUAUUUUGUAUUGGUUUUUGCCAAAUUUUAAUUACGUCGAAACUGACACAGUGAAAUGGACACUUAAAAUGUGUCUUCAAAAACACUUAAAAUGUUUAGUAGUUACAAAAAAGUCAACAAAAAUGUCUUAAAUUAAUGUUUUCCCUUGUAAGAGUUUGAAUCAAAAUUACUCCAGCCAAUAAACUAACGUCAGUUUAUAUUGUUCAAAAUUUGUAAAAUAAUAAUUCUUAUUUCCUGAACUUGGAUUGGAACCUGAAAACAACGGGCCUGCUUGUUGCACUGUAAAAGUCCAUGUAGAACAUCAAUUAUCAAUCAAAUGUGUGCCUUAUUUGUCUUACUGCUAGUCCUGAUGUGAGAUUUGUGUUUCUCUCUUACUGUAUGCUGAUCCUAUAACAUAGUCAUUUUUAGAUUAGUAUUUUAGCAUCAGGGUUUACUAUCGUACUUGUAGUACAUUUUUGUGCUUUGAAAACCAUUCUAUUUGCAGCAAUCCACAGAUUUAAAAGUUAAAAUUUGAAGCUUAUAAUACGCUUGGAAAAAAACUAGUUUUUUUCACGAGACAAAACUUUGAAAUAAGAAACAUUUUGUAUAUUUUGCAAAUAGAAUACAUCUUAACUAAGUAUUAUAUUUAUAGUUUAUAUUCGCUUACAACUGUUAUUUAUUAUAGAAUUAUGUCGAUAAGUAAUCAGUGGUACUAGUAAAAAUUUCCAUCCUGCAUUUAAGUAUGGUGAAGUUAGGCUUUUUAUAGAUUUGUAAAUAAUCUUGUAAAUUGUUUUUAUAUUUAUACCUGCAGAUAUUUUUAUGGUUUGAAAUGUAUAUAAUAUUUGAAGUAUACUGAGAUUGUGCAAAACGAGUCCAUUACAGUUGUAAGGUUAGCUAUUUUGUAAAUACUGUUUUGCAAUUGUAAGCUGUCCGAGAAUGUGUUAACAGUGGUAAGCCUAUUUUCUUAAGACAAUGAAAAGUGAUAAAGCUUGUUUUAUUUAGUUCAAUAUAACUUUUUGUAUUUUAAAACUGUUCAUGUGUUAUGCUCAUUUUUGUUAGGUUUAACUUGUGAUUUCUGUUAUUACCUUCUAUUUUACUAUAUUUAUAAUAUCUGGGAUGGGCUUUCCAAAGUUUUCAAGCUACUUUUCAGCAUAAAAUAGACUCCCUCAUGUUUGAAUUCAUUUAGUUCUGACUGGCAACUACUUAUGACUCACAAAUUCACACAUAACAUAACCAAAUCUUUUCCAUAGCAACAUAAGAUUAAGAUACAUCUAAUACUAUUUAAUAAUUUUGCAAGUAUGUGUAGUUUAUAAUGCAUUCAUUCAUACUAGAGGUCAUCCAGUGGACGAAAACUCAACCAAAAAUAUCUAACGUACAGACUUCUCUAUUUUCACCUCAAGCUGUAAAUAAAACAUGUGAUUGGAAUUUCUUCCAUUUGUUUUGAUUUUCUGUUUAUAUUUUGUCACUAGCAUGGCAACCCAUAAGGCCCAGGUUAAUUUUAUUUUUAAAUUUUAAAUUAAUUUGUUGUGCUUAUUUUUUAUCUUAUUUUAUUUUUUAAAGGGAUUUUGCAAUUCUACAUGAAAAUAUCUUUCUAACAGUAUGUCUAGAUUUUACGUGCGAUGCACACGAGUUGAGGUUUUCUAGAAACAUGCUUGCCUAUGAUUUGUAGCUGCCAGAUGCAGGGUUAUGUUAUAUAUUAUAGGAGGAUCGUGUAAGUUGUGAUAGUUCACAACUUUUUAGUUCGCGGUGGUUCUCCAGACAACAUUUGCUCUCUGGACUAGUGUUAUUCUCACGGAGUUUAAAUUUGGGGGAGUCUAUUGUAAGAAAUACAAUUGGCUGCUGACUAAUGAGUUGGCUCAGCGCUCGAUUUGCAAAAAAUGAGGUGCCGGAACUGUAACCCAUUUAAUGUGAUUUGUACCUAUCUUUGCCAAUAUUUUUAUAUUUCCGACAGAGACGUACCGGACUCUGUUCCGCUGCGUUCCCCUACAAAUCGAGCACUGAGUUGGCUUCUAAAACCCAAUGAUAGUUUUAAGUUAAUUGAAAAUUUGAUAUAUAACUUUGCCACUAAAUUGAUUGAUCUUGUUUGAACAGAGAAAUGUGCUUGUAAUGUAUGACUAGGCCUGGUGGUGGGGGGGUGAAUAGUUUCAGUUUGCAGACAAAACUACGGGAAUAAACUUCAAGAGCCGAUAAUACCUGACACAAGGUAGUGCUUUAGUUAUUUAAACAAAACCGCCUACUGUAAGAAAGCAACAAUUCUCCCAAGAAACAAGACAAGUUUACCAGUUACCUCUUAUUCAAAAUUUUGAAAAGCUACACAGUUUUAUAUCCCUGGCAUUCAUCUUAAAUUAAAUAUACAUUCUGUUACAGAUUGUAUCUAUCGAGUAUUCAUGAACUUGAAAGACACAUUUUCUUGUGAGUUGUGAAUUGUUUAUAUUCUAAUUAUUAGAGAAACGUGAGAACUGUGUCAUUUUAUUGUUGGCUCUUAAGAUUAUUCCAGAAUUUCCUAGCUCAAUUUAAUAUUAAAAUGUAUUCAAACUAUCAAAUACCAUUAACAAUUAACUAAAUAAAAUGAUUUAUGUAUGUUAUUUCUAAUUAUUUCUGCUCUUAAAUAGUGUGACUUAACCAUCGUAUUUUUGUUUAUUGAUUUUGUAUUUGUUUCUUAUUGACUCCUCUAGAUUUCAUUGUUCUCAUUGUAUUCGUAUUCAAAGCUUUAUGUCUAAGGAACAUGUCAACCUUAGUCACUAACAAGACUACAAGAUCGCGCCACUACAUUCAUCCCCAUUCGUACUUGGCUUAAAAUACCUAUACUUUUGUAUGGUCACCAUUUCAAAGUAAAGUAUUAAAAGUAUGAGUUUUUUUGUAAGAUUUUCAAACUAGACAGUAAAUGAAAAUAAUUAAAACUUUGAAAUAGAAACUGGCUAGGAUUUUUUUGUAACAUUUCCUAAACUUUCUCUGCUAACUGAAACUAUAAGUACUUAUAACAAUUGUUUUUGUUAAUCAUCUUGUAAAAUUGUAAAUUUUGUAAUUUUAAGCAAAGAGAUCCAAGUGCCACAGUAGGACUUAAGUCCCUGAACCUUUCUUUAUGAUAUGUAUAUGUGAGUGAUAUCUCUUUUAUUUAAAUUAUACAAAUUUCUUUUUCAA